CGACUCUUGUCCAUCAAGCGUGAUGUUCAAUUCGCCUCGACCUGCUCAACGGUACAGCUCGUCCAACAAUUUUGGGGGCAGCUUUGUAGACGAGAACCCUCUUUCUGGCUCUGCAUACGAUGGUCUCGAUCCAUGGAGUACUGCGCCCAGUCCUUCACCUCCAGUGCCCUCGACAACUGUCUUUAGUUCCGUCAUCGCGGAUGCUACGGUGCCGUCAAUAUACGAUAGGGCGUUUGCGUCCGUCGACCCGACGAAUAGCGGUGAAACAUCGGUAAACUCGCUGUCGAGGGUGCUUUCCACGUCAUCGUUGCCGGCGGGAAUUAUUGAUAGGAUUGUCAACCUGGUCAGCACUCGACCACGCGUAUCUAAGCUCGAAUUCUUCGUUGCACUGGCUCUUGUUGCGCUUGCACAGGCGGGUAAAGAUGUGAGCAUCGAGCAAGUCGCUGCCUUGUCAUCACAGAAUACGCUUCCCGAGCCGAGUCUCGACUUGGACACUCUUCAGCCUUCCGCUUUUGGACCCGUGUCUAAUUUCAGACAGAAUACUAUCACUGCUGAUGAUCCGUGGAAAAUUGGUGGGGGAAUGGUCACUGGGCCGUCAAAUAUGGGUGGUUUCGAUUCGGCCCGUACGAACGGUGCUCCAUCGACGCUUGCAGGGUCGGGGCUACCGAAGGAAUGGUGGAAAAGGCAGGACAGCGUGACGGUGACAAUUCUUGGACAGCAAGGAUUCAUAUUAAAUCGAUACAUGGUCUAUCAAGUAUCUUCGGAUCGCGGUCCGGCAGUCGCGAGACGAUACUCGGAGUUUGUGUUCCUUUGGGAUGUUCUGACGCGAAGAUAUCCAUUUCGCCUUUUCCCAGCUUUGCCACCUAAACGAAUAGGCCCUGAUGAGUACUUUUUGGAACAAAGAAGACGAGGAUUGGCGAGGUCCUUGAACUACGUGAUAAACCAUCCCAUCAUCAAAGAGGACGGCGUUCUAGCCGUAUUCUUGACAGAACCUUCGUUAGAGGAAUGGCGAAAACACAACUCUAUGGUUCUAGACGAAGAGUCCGCAAGUAAACGCGUCGACAAGGUGGAGGAAAUGGCCAUUCCGAGUGAUUUAGAAGACAAGAUUGCGAUUGUACGUGGCAAGGUCAACCCUCUUAUUGAUCAAUGGCAAAGGAUAUGUAUAUUGGCGGAGAGGAUAAUAAAGAGACGCGAAGCAGCAGCGGUACGGAUGUCCGCGUUUCGACGUACCUAUCACUCGGCUCACUCGGCUUUGCCGUUUUCUUCUUCUGCGCCUGUUUCGCGAACAUCGUCUUCGAACCGCUCUGUUAAUUCUUGGCUUACGACAACCUUUUCACUGCAACCGGCAUUUGAUGAUACACAACAGGGCGAUCUGGCGCGAUUGAUGAACACUGUACGGGCUGUUGUGGAGGUGAACGAGAGUUGUUGGAGGGGGGAUGAGUGCGACUUGUCUAGUGGGGUGAAGGCAGGGCUUGAACAAGCUGCUGCACAUUUUCAGAGACACUCAGAACUUUCCGAGUUGAGGACACGAGUAUUGUUUGAUACGACCCUGGAAGCGCUUAAGUCGCAACGCGAUUUAUAUAUCGCCGUACGCGAUCUACUGAUUCGACAUGACAGACUGUCUAUUGAUCAAGUUGAGAGGCUGAAAAAACGGGUCGAGGCGAACUCGUUGAAGAUGGAAGGUGUGCGGUCUGCACAGAAAGAUGCAUGGAGGGAGGAAGUUGAUAGGAUAAGUGGGCUUAUCGAGAAGGAUCAAGCUACCAUAGCGGCUCAGUUGAACCGGAGGGUGUUUAUGCGUGCUUGCAUGUGGCACGAGCUGCGCGCCGUGUUGCAUAACAGGGAAAAUACGUUAGUGACCUUGUUGGUGCAAAACUUCGCAAGAGAAGAACAGGAGUUUACGGAGAGCGUGUUGGGAAACUGGGUGUCCCUUGGCGAAGGGGUGGAAGGGAUGCCGUUUGAGUGAGCAUCGUGAUUUCUAACAUUGGAUCUACUUGGAAUACCCGACACUUUAUGGACCACGUUCACCUUCUACCCUGUUAUUGACUAUCCUGAGCGGGCGACGCGCCGUCGGAAGCGGCGGGAUUUGGGCGGUGAUAAGAUUGGAUUGGUGGAAUGAGUCAUCUCUGUUUCAAAAGGGUUGAACUGCUGCGGUGGGAAAAAUGUUGGUUCCUUGUUGCGUCACAUCAGAUAAAUGAGUGCCAAAUAGACCGAGAUAGACGAUUCCAUCGAUUCCAGGAUUUUUUCUGACUUGGUUGCGUCUCGGCCUUGAAUUUUACGUACCUGUCUUUGGCGUCUUGGGGCUCCCUUUUUCUUCUUGCUCGCCUUGAAUUUCGCUCAGGCCCCGCUCCGUCAAAUGCCCACUGUGUACUGUCCGACCAGCGGCGACGUUCCUAUAAAUGAUCCUCACCUCCUC